AACAGACUGAGAUUCCCUUUCUAAAAUGCCAGAGAUUUCUUCAAGUGACCUAAAGACAAAGAUGAUGGCACACACAGAUGAACCCCUGCAUCGUAACAGUCCAAUGACUGACAGCAGUCGACCACCGAGUGCUAAUGCCUCUUUUCGAUCCUCCACUCCGUCUUUCACCAGCAAAGGAACCUCUUUGGUACCAAAGGGAAAUGGGAUUGACAUUGAAGAGAAGGAGGUGUGCAUCCCCAGCAGCUCUGGCCAUCUGAGGGAGCUCUUAAUCACCCCGGACAUCAGCAGUGCCACUGCAUUCCCACUGCAGUACUUGAUGGACUCCAGCAAAGAUGAUGGCAUCUGUUUUGUCACCAUACUGGUGAUAAGGUUGCUAUCGGAGAUCAGACCCUCAGCCCUAGAUGGACCCUCCCAACAGGCAGCAGAUCUGACAGAAACAUGUCAGCAACUCAUCAGACAAGUCCUGUCUGAGUUCUGUGCUGCAUCCAGAUUCUCCAGGACACAGGCAUAUUCCCAGAACCUGAACAUCCAAAGGGUGUUCAGAGGUGUACAUAAAAACCUCAUGGAGGAGUUUGGCUCUUGUAACACCCUGCAAGCAGCUAUUUCCUCCCAGGACCCUGCAUUUGACAGAGUCCUGGUAAAGUCCUUGACCCAGCAGCUGGUACAGGGAUGCAAGGAGGCGUCAAGACCAGCUUCUGCUGCAACAAACCCAUCCGACCAGGCUGAGACAGAGAGGGGGGCUGAGCAGAAAGCAAGAAGGAGCUUCCUUUGCUUUUCAAUGACCAAACUCAGGAUCAACUUCAAGCGUUCCAAGAGAGGAAACAAAAAGGACUGCCAUUCAGUCCAGGAACAGACUGAGAUUCCCUCUACUGAUGCACAUUGCAUAGCUCCAGUUGGAGAAGUUUCUCCCUCCAUAUCUCAGCUUGUCAAAAAACGAUCCUUGAUUGUCAGGGUCUUUUCAGCAAUGAUGAAGCCAUUCAGGCGCUUCACCAAGAAGAACCUGUAACCUGUUACGCUGCAUGAAGAACUACUUUUGUAACAGCAAGACUUUUGAC